AUGAGAGCUUCAAGCAAACUACUAUUUUCAGUCUUGGGUUAUUUAAUAUCAACUCGAAUAAUCAUUUCUGCACCGAUAGAAGAAUUUUCCAUAUCAGAAAUUACUUUACAAAGAUCUUCCAACAUAAUUUCAAAUUCUUAUAUAAUAGAAUUUGAUAAUUCUAAUGAUCAAGAAAAAGACCAAGAUUUUGUUGCUUCAUUUGCAAGAACAAUUCAAGGUGAAGGUAUAAAUCAUAAAAUCAGAGAAACUUUUAAUCCAAAGGUAUUUAAUGGAGCUUCCAUUAAACUUGAUGACGAGAAAGAUCUCAAUAAACUCAAAAAAUUAAAAGGUGUUAAACGUGUUUGGCCCGUGACAAAAAUUCAACGAUCCGAAUUCAAGGUGGUAGAGAAUAAAUCAAAUUCUUCAAUUUUACACAGCAGUAUUGGCGUCGUUGAAGCUCGCGAACAAUUUGGAAUUGAUGGAUCAGGAAUUAAAGUUGGCAUUAUAGAUACAGGUAUAGAUUAUAAGCAUCCAGCUCUUGGAGGAUGUUUUAAAAAGGACGGUUGUAAAGUACAAUUUGGUUACGAUUUCGUUGGAGAUGAUUUUAAUGGAACGAAUGUUCCGAAACCUGACGAUGAUCCUUUAGAUGAAUGUGUUGGUCACGGUACGCAUGCAGCUGGUAUUAUCGCUGGUGAAGAUUCGGCAAACAACGUAACUGGCAUUGCUCCUAAAGUUACACUUGGAGCAUAUAGAAUUUUCGGAUGUAACGGAGAAACCACGAGUGAACUUGUUAUUAAGGCGAUGGAAAAAGCUUUUGAAGAUGGAAUGGAUAUUAUUAAUCUUUCACUUGUAUCAGGUGAUAAUGCUUGGUUUGGAGGUCCCGAAAGUCUCGUUGCUGAAAAAUUAACAGAGAAUGGGUUGUUCGUUGUAGCAGCUGCUGGAAGCUCCGGUGAUAAAGGAAUAUUUAAAUCUUCGUCACCAUCCACGUCCCCCGGUGUUAUUUCUGUCGCAUCCAUUGAUUCUGAACAAAUCGAUUCAUUUUUUAUUCAACCUGGUUCUAAUUCUACUCGUAAAAUUCAAUAUCUCACACAAGAUGGAAAUGCUAUUGAACUUGAAGAUUCCUUUUCAAUUAUUCCAACCUCAAAUACUACAAACUCAAAAGAUGAUGCUUGUGAACCAAUUAAUGAAGACCUUACGGGAAAAGUCGCUUUAAUUCGUAAAGGAGGUUGUGAAGAAACAAAAAAAAUCAACGUGGCUCAAGCUGCUGGAGCUACAGCCAUCGUUCUCUAUAAUAACGUUGAUGGAAUAACAACACCCGAAUUUGAUCAAAAUGGAAUCAUAAUACCCGUUGCAAUGAUUUCUUGUAAAGAUGGAGUAUUAUUAAUUGAUGAAAUUAAAAAAGACGAUAAUUUUACAGUAAAAUUUCCAAGAGAAAGUACCUUGUUCGAUAACCUAGACACCUUAAAAAUUUCCGCGUUUAGUUCUUAUGGACCCACAAAUGAAUUAGAUAUUAAACCUGAUAUUGCGGCACCCGGAAGUAACGUUUUUAGUACAUUCCCAGUUUCUCUUGGAUCAUUUCAAACUUUAUCCGGAACAAGCAUUUCAACACCUUUCGUUACCGGUAUUUUAGCAUUAGUCAUGCAAAAUAAAGGAAAAUCAAAUUCAACCCUUGCUCGUGAUAUCCUUCAAAAUAAUGCUAAACCGCUUUUUAUUAAAAAUUCUGAAACAGAAGUAGAAGGAAAUAAAACUUCCAUCAUAGCAACAACCAUACUUCAACAAGGUGCUGGAUUAAUUAAUUUAGUUGACGCGUUAACUUCAACGGUUAUAAUUUCUCCUGCUAAACUUGCGCUUAAUGAUUCAGCUCAUUUUAAUGGAAAGAAAAGAUCUCUCACUUUAACAAAUGUUGGUCAAGAAACAACCAAAUUUACUUUUGAUCAUUUACCUGCUCAAUCAAUUACUGGAUUUGAUGGUGUGAACUUAGUUCCAAUAGAUACACCUUUUGCAACAAAUUCAUUUGCUAAAGUUAAAUUUUCAAAAUCGUCAAUUCGUUUACGUCCCGGUGAAUCUCAAAGUAUUAAUUUGAGUUUUACCCCACCUAAAGAUUUAAGUGAUUUAGACCAUUCACUUUAUUCUGGCUAUAUUGUUGUUAAAGAUACCUUCACGAAAAAAGAAUUUUACGUUUCUUAUAUGGGUAUGAAAGGUUGUUUAGAUACUUUACCAAUAGUGGAUAAUCAAUCUGGUGCUCCUUUUCUUCAGUCUGGUAUAAAUGAUCAAAAAUUCUUUCUCCCCGAAGACGUUUUAACUGUAACUAUGAAAGGUGAUGACAUUGCACUUUUUGGUGUCCGUUUUGCUCAAGGAACGAAGAUUUUAACAGUUGACGUCAUACCUGCUGAAUCUGAUGAUGAUGUAAAAGAACCUGCUGAACCCACUAAAGCUCCAACUGAAACUCAACCGACAAAACAGCCAACUAAAACUCAAACGACAGAAAAACCAACCGGAACUCAAACGACAGAAAAACCAACCGGAACUCAAACGACAGAAAAACCAACCGGAACUCAAACGACAGAAAAGCCAACCGGAACUCAAACGACAGAAAAGCCAACCGGAACUCAAACGACAGAAAAGCCAACUGAAACUCAAACGACAGAAAAGCCAACCGGAACUCAAACGACAGAAAAGCCAACUGAAACUCAACCGACAGAACAGCCAACUGAUGCUCAACCGACAGAAAAGCCAACCGAAACUCAACCGACGGAACAGCCAACUACUACACCUGAUGAAGAUGACGGAGGAAUCGUUACAAUAACAACAACUGUUACCACGACUCCAAUCGAUGUACCAACUGAAACGCCUCUUGCGAAAAGAUCGAUCAAAGCAUAUAAAUUAAGAAAUAAUGAACUAAAAUCAAGAGCAUUUGAUGAAGAUACAACGAAAUUAUUGGUACCAAAUUCUUUAGGCACAAUAACAAAUAAUGGAAUCAUACAAUUUCAACAAAGAAAUGAUAAUUCUGAUAGUAAUAAUAUCUUAACCUUACAAUUUGAUGGCACAAUAGAUAAAUCAAAUGGAGAAAAAGGUGUCGAACUACCGGAUGGCAGAUAUAGAUUGUUUUUGGCUGCUUUGAGGCCUUUUGGAAAUCCCACAAAGAAGGAUCAUUGGGAAACGUUUACUUCUUCUAUCAUUGAAAUUAAAAGAGAAUAA